UAACAUUAUACUAUCAUGACUGUUUACCAAUUAUACCAUUCCAAAUGGUUCCUGUCAACUCUGUCAUGCUCUUCUCUUCCUGCUAAUCUUCCAUGGUCACUGUGGGUGCCUAUAGAGGUGGUAGCAGGGGCGGGUGUGAAGUACACUGGCGCAGUAUUGGAGUAUGAACCUUAUGAUGAAUGGGGAGAGGAAGGCGGGCUUGGCAUCGUCAGAGAAAAUUCAAGAGUUCUUGCAGAGUAUGUGAACCUGGCUAAAACUCAGGGUGCUGACAUAUUUGUGGCUCCUGAGUAUGGUGUAACGAGCAUCAAGCUACAUCAGGUCAAGGGGGAUGAUCUGUUCUCUUUGAUGCACUAUGUUCCUGACCCAGGAUUCCUUUUUGCUCCCUGUAUCUUGGAAGUUGACUCCUCCAAUAUUGAGGCGAUUAGGACAUUGAGCUGUGCGGCCCUGGAGAACCAGAUCUAUGUAAUAGUAGACAUGGGGGAGGCGAGUCCAUGUAACAUUGACACAGCUUCCAAGAACCCUUUCGGGAAUGCGAUUGACAACUCCUAUGACUGUCCCGAGAGUGGCUACAUCUUCUACAACACACAAGUGGUCUUUAACAGAAACGGCACCGUGAUCGCCAGGUACCACAAGAAGAACCUUUUUUUGGAGCCAGAGUUCAUGCCGGGGACAGAACCUGACGAGCAGGCUGUAUUUACUACUGACUUCGGUGUCACCUUUACACUGCAGGUAUGUUUCGAUAUCGCCUUCCUACACCCAGGGGUGACAAACAUUGAGACCCAUGGCAUCAAGGAUGUGGUUAUGAGCACAUCUUGGGUCGAUAUUCUUCCUUUCAUCAUUGCUCCAUCAGUACAGAAUGGAUGGUCUAGAGGACUGGGGGUAAACCUGCUGGUGUCCGGCUACCACUUGCCUGAACUAUCUAAACUUGGCUCUGGCAUUUACCGCGGCUUCUCUAACAUGGCUCAUGAUUACGUAUAUGAUCCUGAGUCUGGUAACAAGCUAAUCGUGUCUGAGGUGGAAUCGGUGGCAUCUGUUAGUGGGAAAUCACCAUCAACUCCAAGAAAGUCUGGUAAAACUUCCUUGUCACCAAAAGGGAACAACAGCAUUAGGGUUCGUGGCUCUGCUGAAGGCUCAAUCAAACUUGGCAGAGAUCAUUUGUUUCUUUACGAUGAUUUAAGCGAAUUCUCAAGGGAAAUUUUGGUUCAUGGUGAAUCUAGUGAACCUCAUCAAGCUGAAGUGUGUCAUCAGGAUGGCCUCUGCUGCAGCCUUUCUUACACAUCUACAUCUUCUCUCAACUACACCUUCAUGGCCUACAGUGGGAUUCUAGUUGAAGGCUUUGGUGUAUACAAGGUUUAUGCUCAAAUAUGUUCUGUGGUGUGGUGUCAGACCGAGGACAUAAGCACUUGUGCUCGUGUAGAUGACCAACUCCCAGAAAAUGAUGAAUUUGGACCUUUUACGAUCACAGGAAAUUUCAGUGUUGGACAUGUGUACCCGAUGUUCCUUACACGAAACCUCACCCUUGUCCAAAACGACCUAUACUCCAUCGAUGGCAACGGGUACACAUUAACUAUGUCAACAGAGGUGCCAACACAGAGCCUUAUGACCACUGGUUUCUAUGCCCGCUGGUAUCAGCGUGACCCAUGAACUAUUCUUAAGCUUCAGAGCAUUAGACACACACCUGUGGGCAAGAUCUAUGACAAACGAGUAAUAUUGGAAGAUUAUAAUGAUCAAAACCACUAUUAUUUUUCCAGUUGACACAAGCAUACCUAACUUAAUCUAAACUAAUCUAACCCAACCUACGAAUCCUAGGGUAGUUUUGGUUAUUUAUUGUUGGUUCAUGUCAUGUUUUAUAGUUAACCAAUAGUUGGUUCAUGGUUCAAUUCUUAGUAGUUUACCAACAUUGUAGUACAAUUUGCUAAAAGUGUUUAGGGGGGAAGACAGUAGCACAUUAUAUAUAACUUGCUGAGGUAUUGUGAUGUCCUGACACAGCUGAUAUAUUUUAUGAUAAAAGUGUCUAACUUCUUA